CCAAAAUAUCAGAGUUACUUCCCAAUUUCUAGAUUAAAUAUGAACCCGGAUCAGAAACAAUUUCGCCCCUGGCGGUGGCCUGACGCAUCACACCCUCUCCCACAGCCAUCCAAUCAGAGAGCACGCUCCGCAGCGACGCAUUGUGAGUGGCAGGACUCCCAGCCAACGGCAGUGCGCCUGCGCAGAUGGCAGCGUCGUGGGGGCGGGGUGAGCAGCGCCAGGAGAACACAGCGGAAGAAAAUGGCGGCCGUGGCUGCAGAGCCAGGAGCUGCAGCGGUUCCGACAACAACAAUAACCGCGGCGACGGACGACGAGGGCUCGGCCGAACCGGGCCGGGCCGAGCCGGGCCGGACCGAGCCGGGCCACCCCGCCGUGGGAUGGGGCGAGCUGGACGGGGCAGCAGCGGAGAUCCCGCGGGGGGAGGGUGAAGCAGACGCGGAGCAGCGCCGCCAUGUCAGGCCGGAGUCCGCGGCGGGAAAACACACCGAGGACCUGAUCCAAGACCUGAUCCAGACCUUACCCCCGGAACUGGUCAGCCUGGACCGGUUCUCCCCCGGGGUCCCGGCCGACCUCCAGCUGCACAGCCCUCAGUCCCCCGCCGUGUUCCUGCACUCGCUCCCUUCCGCUGAACCCGCCGCGGAGGCCGGGCACCCGGAGCCGAGGCCCGGGACGGGGCUGUCCCUGCAGGAACCGGCGGGGCCGACGGACACCCCGGUGCACCCGGAACCCUGUAACCUUGACUCUGAGAACCCGAACCCGGAGCUCGGGCUGCAGGAUCUGAGUCCCGGCUCAGAGGUCCGGGUCUCCCUGGAUCACGUCAUCGAUGACGCGCUGGUGGUGUCGUUCCGGAGGGGGGAGAAGGUGUUUUCCGGAGUCCUGAUGGACGUCUCCAGGAGGAAGAAAAGGCGCUGGGGAGCCUUCUUGACCAGGCAGGAGGUGUUGGUUGACCAGGACAUGUCCACCGAGCGAGACGGGUAUGGCUCUAGCAUGGAGCGUCCCAUGUCAUCCGUCCCUUCUCAUGCGGUCCCGUAUCAUGCCGAGGUGUGUCCAACGGACGAGGAGGAGGAGAAGGAGGAGAAGCGGCGGCGUAAGUCUUCUUCUUCUUCGUCCUCCUCCUCCUCGUCCUCGUCCUUCCGGUCCUCCGUGUUCUCCAAGUCGGUGUCUAAGGCGGCGCUGCCAGACGGCCGCACCGUGUGCUCCGGCGACAUCGUGUGGGCUAAGAUCUACGGCUUCCCGUGGUGGCCGGCGCGUGUAUUGGGCAUCACGGUGUCGCGGCGCGGCACAGCGGCGUUGGCGGUGCAGGAGGCGCGGGUGUCGUGGUUCGGCUCACCCACCACGUCCUUCCUGCCCCUCGCCCAGCUGGCGCCGUUCCUGGAGAGCUUCCAGUCACGCUUCGACCGCAAGAGGAAGGGGCCGUACCGCCGCGCCAUCGCCGAGGCUGCCAGCGCCGCCAAGCAGCUCACGCCCGAGGUCCGAGCGCUGCUCACUCAGUUUGAGACGUAGCACUGGCCCCUUAGACCCCCCCGAACAGACCACGCCAUAGCAGAUGCCCCGCCCCCUCAGAACAGACCACACCAAGCAGAUUCCCCGCCCCCAGCCUAUGCCCCGCCCGUUUAGACUGGUUCCUGUUUGAGACUGACACAGACAAACACUGUUUUCUGUUUUUCUUGUUUAGACUGUGGGCGGGGCUUCAGAUUGGCAGUGGAUGGGGCUUCUCUUUGCAGGCCCCUCCCCCUGUCUUUACAGAGGUCCUCAGUUUCAGUGUCCCACCCUGAUGGCUCCGCCAUGAUGGUGUCUGCCGUCGUCAUGGUGGUGUGAUCUCGGCCGGCGGUCAGCCUUUUAAGGGGUACAUGAUGUCACAGUGAUGUCAUCAGACUACAGUGUGUAUCAGGCAGGGGGGCUCUCUCCUGGUGCAUCAUGGGAAAUGUAGGAUCAGACCAGCGUUUCUGGACUAAAAGUCUGUUCUGUUUCUUUGAGAGUAAGAUCCAGCCUGCUGAUUGGCUGACUAAUACAUCACGAUGAUGAAACACUAAUUAAGAUCCAGAAGCUAAGCUAACCGUUGCCGUAGCGAUCCGUUGAUCCGUUCUCAGCGCCUCGGCAGCGGUGGCGUUAAACGUGUGUCACUUCCUGUUGCGCUGCCUCCUUCUAGUUCCGCUGACAGUUUAGUUUCCGUUCACAAAACUGUGAAACGAAAUGUUGUCCAAACUGAGGCCGGGGUUGCAAACAUGGGCCAGAGCAGAGCCGCAGGGGGCCACAGCGGAUCAGCUGAUGCGUCACGUGUUUCUUGAUUGGUCCCCAUAGUUUGAUCCUCAGAGCCAAUCAUAUCUGAUCCAGAAUAAAAAUGUAUUAUUAAUUUUAUCCCUUGUGUCGUCCUCCCAGGUUAAAAUGAAAAUUAAAAAUUCGUUGACAACAUUUUCUUCAUUUUUGUACCUCUCCCGUCAGUCUGCGUCCCUCUAACACGACACCUCACCACAGGUCUACAUGGUCUCUCCCGUCAGUCUGCGUCCCUCUAACACGACACCUCACCACAGGUCUACAUGGUCUCUCCCGUCAGUCUGCGUCCCUCUAACACGACACCGCACCACAGGUUUACAUGGUCUCUCCUGUCAGUCUGCGUCCCUCUAACACAACACAUCACCACAGGUUUACAUGGGUAUCUUUUCAAAUUCUUGGUCAAGAAUCAUCGUUUAUAUGAAAUUAGAUAAUUUUUUUAUCUAGUGUCAAAAACACCCAAAAUUUAGUAAAGUAGUAAGCUGAUCUUUCAGCGUUACAUGGAACCAGCCGUGGAAUAUUUGGACAAUUUGGAAGAAAGAAUCCCAGAUUCCUGAUGUAGAGACUUUUAAACCGGGUCAGAUUUUAAAGACGUCUCACUCGCGCCGUGGUUGGUCCCCGAGCCUCAGUUCAGACGUGAUGAUGAUGAUGAUGAUGGUGGUGGUGAUGAUGAUGGGGAUGAUGAUGAAGGUAUUGUAGUUCCAGACUCUUUUUACCGUCUGUUUGCAGAUCAGAGAUCCUGAACUAAGACCUGUUGGGACAAAAUAACGGAAACCCAACAAUCUGAAUCUGAGAUGCGACUGUAUGCUUUUUCCUUCUCUCUGAUGUUUUGAAUCUAUUAAAAAACUCUCAAACUUCUCA